CCACAGACACUGGGUGUGGAGGGAGCGAGGCCCGUCAGGAGGGGACCCGGCACAUGGGGGAGCGCAGGCAAAGUUUGCGUGGCACCCACUUUGUCCCUGAGGCUGGGAGUCAACCAGAAGGGGCGCCAGAGAAUGGCGAGGAGGGCAGUGCAUACCAGAGCCUGCGGCUCCGGGAGCCGGGCAAGGCGACACCGGGUCCAGGGGUCCCGGAAGCAGAGCUUCCCUUGGAGGAGGUGGCUGGGGAGCGGCACCUGAAGGUCAUGGCUCUGGAGGACGCUCUGGACCAGGACGUGGAGACGAACAUUACCAUGAGCCGGCUAUCCAUCACCGAGCGGUACCCCGACACGUCCAUAGCCAGGGGCAGGAGGCGGCGGCGACUGCAGGAGCUGGCAAAGCCCAAGACUGACUGGCAAGUGGUCAGGGACAGGCCGGGGUGCUGCUGUGAGGGCUUCGUCUGGAUCUCCCCGCGCAAGAACAACUUGCACUUCUGCCUCUAUUGGCCUUCGGUAUACUGGACAGAACGCUUUCUGGAGGACACCACCCUGGCUGUCACGGUGCCUGCCGUGUCCCGCCGUGUGGAGGAGCUGGCACGGCCCAGGAGGUUCUACCUGGAGUAUUUCAACAGCUGCAGGGCCCCCAGGCUCCCUCGCCCCUGGCCGGGCUGGGUCUCACCUACGGCCACCCCUAGGGCCUCUCCCAUCUGGUCUGUCCCUCGGGCCAGCCUGGAUUACCGUGCGUCGGGUCGGCUGAGGGAGCUGGCCACCCCGAAGGUCCGCAACAACAUCUGGAGCAUCAACAUGUCGGAGGUGUCCCAGGUGUCUAGGGCCGCCCAGACAGCUGUCCCCAGCUCACGGAUCCUUCAGCUGGCCAAGCCCAGGGCCCCGGCCACCGUGUCGGCAGAGUGGGACCCCAUGCCCAAACCCAAGCCCUAUGCGUCCGACUACGGCCGCCUCGUCCAGCUGGCCAUGCCUAAGGCCCAGUCAGAAAAGUGUGUUCCUGACCGCAGUCCUCGCUGGGAGGUGCUGGACAUCACCAAGAAGGCUGUGGCCAGUCCGCGGAUCAUCUCCCUGGCUCAGCCCAAGGUCCGCAAGGACCUUAACGAGGACUACAACCCCUACUACAUCUCCCCGGCCUCUCUGGUGGCUCGGGCGUCCCCGCGCCUAUAUGAGCUCGCCACCCCCAAAAGCAUUACCAAGAAAGUGUGACCAGGUGCCUGGCCUGCUAGCUCUCUCCCAGUAAACGCCCAAGUGCACCCUGCCUGUUUCCGUGUCUGCUCUGGGCUCCAAGGCCGGGGAUGGGCGUGAGGGGGGGCUGCAGGCUGAGGCUGAAAAUAAUAAUGUUGAAUUUUCACAUCC